GGGGCAUAGGCUGUGGCUUGCCCCCUCCUGGGCUAUUGAUAACACAUGCAUGCUCUGUACAUCCCUCUAACAGAGGCUAAUCCUACAUGCGGUCUUGCCUUUUUCCUUGUAGCAAACUCUGCCUCUCACAGUCUUAAGGACUUGGGGAAUGUACAGUGUCAUCAGCUAGGAUUUUAUUACUGAUGUUCUUUAAAUACAAAAGGCAACAGAUCCAUUGACUUCAGGAAAUGAAGCUUCCCCAAACCCUUCCACUCACCUUGCUGUUCCUGAGCUGCCUGGAAUGUGCUACUGGUAGGAAAGGCAAAGAAAACAGUGAAAAAGUCAAGCCGUCCUCUCCCUGGGCACAGACUGGACAGUUCUCCACCCGUGACAAACACCUGUGCAGCUGGCAGCUGAUCCCAGGGGAAGAAGUCACGGAGAUCCACCUUAGCUGUCACCAGCAAGGAGAGGACAGUGACCUAGGGCAGCAAUGCAUCUACCAGGGCAAGCCAGAAUUGUGUGCUGCUUACAGCUCCAAAGGCCGUCAGUUUUGGAAGCAAAUCCUGGGCAAGCUCCGCAGAAAGCACCACCCCUGCCGGGACAGCAGCCCACUCAAAUCCCGGCUUUGCAGUAGCAUGAAAGGGGCAUCUGAGGCACAGCUGCACCUGGUACCCUCAACUCUGACCACAGCUGCCCUGCUGACUGAGGGCCCCGUGAAAGGCAAAUCCAAGGGAAAGGCCCGUGCUAAGGAUUUGCCAGUUUCACAAAAGCCACUUCAGACACCAAAGGCUAGGGUGGUCACUAGUUCUGCAAAAGCAGAUGCCCAACACAAGCGCAGCAAAGGAGGGAAGAAGAAGGUCACUUCCAGCUCCUCAGUGACUCCAACCCACCCGUCCAGCAGGCAACCUACAGCAGGCGUGGAAAGCACUGAACAGCCCACGGAGCUCAACGCAGACGUGGCGGCAGCUUAUUGUGAAGAGAAGUGGCAUUCACUGUGUAACUUCUUCGUGAAUUUUUGGAAUGGCUAAUUGAGGGGUUGCAGGGGAGGAAGGGGGUAGGGCAGAGUUGGGGCUAAGAGUGUACAGUAGAGAGCCUAGUUAGAGAGGAAGGUGGUUGGUGGCAUUUGCAAUGAAAUCAAAACAAAGGAAAGAACUGAGUUAUUGAGUGCCAACAGAAUGUGCCAAAAAUGUGGAACAGUAUGGGGGGGGGGGGUUGUCAGUGAGCAGCUAUGGAGCAUUAUGGGGUGUAGCAUUUAUUCAUUCCUACUAACCCAGUAGCAGCUGCUAGCUGAGAGGUUAGGAUAUGGAAAUCCUUUUUUUUUUUGCUUGAGAGGUUAUGUGUUAACGUCCCUCUGUCUUUGCAAGCUCAUUUAAAGCUUCAAGGAAAUUGUUUGGCUGUGUUAGACAUUUCUUCCUUAUAUCUAUGAUCAGGUAGCUUAAUGGUUUGUCAGUAAAAGGUAUUUGGCAUUAUUUGAAUCACAUGUGAUGUUCUUCAUUCUCAACCUAGAGCAUUUGUACAAAUUCAUGGUGGUGUAGAGGCUACUGAACAUGAUUAUAUUAUUAAUAAUAAAUGAAGUUCUUUUACAGCAA